UCUGCGCGCGUGUGAGUGUGUGUGCUGCUCGGCGACGCUCCGCUGCUCUGUCCGCUCUUUGCUUCAUGUGAUGGUGCUUUCAAGGACCGGCUGCAUGGUGACGGUUUUUCUGUGAACACUCAGGAGGAGGAAAGUUAGUUUAACUUCCAAGGCCUGUUGAAGCUGUGAGAUCUACUCUGUCCGAGAGGUGAAGGAAGCAUCAGGAUGAAGUCCAAAGGGAAGGCUGUGAAACCAUCCAGGAGGACCUGGUCUGACCCUGAGCCAGAACUAGAACCAGACACAGAACCAGGCUCCAGUGAGCAGGAAGGCUCAGAGGCCUCGGUCCGGAUUGGUGGCUCCUGGAGGGGGUCGCUGAGAGGCGGAGAUGGCAAGCGUCAAGGAGGUGGAGGCCGGCGGCGCAGACAGCAUGGCUCCAGCACCAAGGAACGCAGUGUCCGGCGACUAGAGAGCAACGAGCGAGAACGCCAGCGCAUGCACAAACUCAACAACGCCUUCCAAGCAUUACGCGAGGCCAUCCCACACGUCAAGACAGACAAGAAGCUAUCCAAGAUCGAGACACUGACCCUGGCAAAGAAUUACAUCAAGGCCUUAACCACCAUUGUGGUGGACAUGUCAGGGGCCUCUCUGCCCGCUGGCGGCGUCCCGUCAGAGUCCAGCGCUGCCAAGCUGCUCCAGUGCUACCAGCAGCACCUGGAGGAGGAGGGGGAGGAUGAUCUCACCCAGUACCUCAACCACAUGCACAGCUUCAGCCAGGGCAGCUAGCAGUGGCUGCAAGGUGGUUUGGAGAGGCUGUCUCUAAGGCAGAGGGAAGUGUGGGGCGAGACCUUUAGGGCCAAAUCUCAAACAAUAUCCAGUUCCUCCGGGCGCACUGCUCUGGGAUCUGCUCAGAAGUGGUGAUCUCUGUAGGAAACGGGUGCUGUUCCAGAUCAUAGACCUCUGACAAUAAACCCGUGCUUUUCGACGACUUGCCCUUCAUGCAAAAUAUGCAAUGACUUGAGGACCAAUCACUUAGCAGACACAAAGACUGCAGACUGGACAGUGAAAAGCCAAUGGAUCGUCCUAAGACUCAUUUGUUAUUGUACUCAGAAGGGAAGGGCUAAUCUUUCGCCAUUCUGUCUCUUUAUUUCUCGUCUUGUACGGUUUUAGCCGGGGCAGGAACUUGUUCGCUUUUGUGUUAUCUUGUGAUCUCCUUGUGUGUUUUCUGUUGAGAAACCUGCUGAGCGUAGCCUCUAGUCAUAACUGUCACAUCCAGGAAGAACAGAAAGGCAAGCAACUGGGCCUAAAUAUUGAAAUGUUGAAGGUGGAAAGUGUGUUUGCUCAUUUGCUCAUGAC